AUGAAGUUUGGUAAGAAGAGCGUCUGCGUGCUGAACGUGGACGGUACCCGGUAUGCCUUCCCCCGCGAGGUGAUCUGUGAUUUCCCUCUACAGUGCGUGAGCCGCCUGCACGCCUGUGUCAUGGAGAAAGAAGUCCUCGAGGUCUGCGACGACUACGACCAGUACAGCAAUGAGUUCUUCUUCUACCGGAACGCGCAAGACACAGACAUACACAUGCACACCUCUAAUAACUGGCUGGGAAUCAAUAAGCAAUCAGAAUAGCUACAACAACAAGGGGUGUUUUUGACUGGGUAAGUUAACUGGAACAGAGCUCUUUUUCUGAUCUCUCUCUCUCUCUCUCUCUCUCUCUCUCUCUCUCUCUCUCUCUCUCUCUCUCUCUGUGUUUCUGUUUUUCAUCCUGUUUCCCUCAUACCUUCUUCUUCUUACAGGAUUGUGGAUCCUUACAUUCAAAUUCUAACCCCAAAAUGAAAAUCUAAUCCAGGACAAGCUGGUCUUCCUGUGUCGGCCGCUGAACCUGAACGACGUGGCGGCCAUCACACCUUACUACAUCUCCAUGGUGAUGCCAGGCGUGGCAUGGGGGUUGUCAGGUGUCACUGGGGUAACCCUGAGGGUUUUGAGGAUAAUGAGUGUGUUCUGGCUGGUGAAGCUGGCCAAACACUCCCUGGGCAUCCAGAUUCUGAGGCUGACACUAUGCCGCUGUCGUCAACGAGAUGGCCAACCUCGCCAUCUUCCUCACCGUUGCCAUGGUGAUAUACAGUGCCUUGGCUCAGCUGCUGGAGCACAGCCUAGACCCCGACGACCGUAACCUUAACGACCACAGUAACAGAGGGGGAGACUAUACAAGCAUCCCAGCUGCAACCUGGUGGGCUGUCAUCUCCAUGACCGUUGGUUACGGUGACAUUCACGCUGUAACAGUUGGCGGGCGCAUGCUGGGUAGGCUGUGUGUGGUCAGUGGCAUUGUUGUUCUGGCGUUGCCAAUCAUCUUCAUAUACCACAGCUUUGUCCAGUGUUACCACGAACUGAAGCUACGGCUUCGCUAGGUACACACACACUCACAAACACUGAAUACACAUGCAGACACACACACAUAAACACACACACACACACCCUCAUCUACUACAGCUUUGCCCAGUUGAACUGAUCCCUCCGGCCCCUCCCCCUGAGCAUGGAACUUUAAUGAACUGUCAGUGCUAUCUGGGAUCCUUGGCACGUCCUUACCCUAACCUUCACCCCUACCUUAACCAUAAACUUUACCUAACCCUAACCUUGAGCCUUACCAUAACCAUUUAAAAUGUCAACUUCAAUGGGGUAGGGACGUCCCAGGGAUCCCGGAUAGCGUGAACCUUUAAUUAACUAGUAGACUUUUGGACCCUCGUGUCUCCAUCAAUCCUGUGCCACGAUCUGGAGGCAGGGCAGAUAACAGAAGACACACACACACCAUAAGCCCCUGUUUGCAUCGUAUCCCCAUGGUGACUACAGAGACAGCUUUUCCCAUUUGUGUAGGUUUCAGACUGAAAUGAAAAGAGAGAGAGAGACAAAGAGAGGAUAAGACAACCUGACAGAGAUGACACAAACAGACAAAAGAGAGUUGACAUGAGCUCAACAUAAAGGAUUAACAGUGUGUGUGCGUGUGUGUGUGUGAUUUUCUCUCCAUUUUCCCUGAGCAAACUACAAAGUGACAAAUGAUGGGUCUCUGGUCUCUAUGGGCAACAGGUUUCUCGCUAGUUCAGUUUACUGUAUGACUGUCAAUCAUAGCUGUGAUGCUGCUACACAGACACACACACAGACACACACACACACAGCGCCAACAACUCCCUAAGGUCUUCAGCAGGCCCUAUCCACCCCCAGCGACUGCUGACUUCACAAAGAAUGUCAUAUCCGGACAACAUGUGUAAGCCAUUUCAGCUGUUGUUUUGCACCGGGUCGGGCCAGCAAGCAGGACUGGACACUCUGGUCAGGACAUCAUUAUGGUGGGGUAGGGGUGGUGGGGCAGGAAGGAGAAACCCAUUCCACGCUCAAAGGACUUUAUGGUCAACAUGGUGCUAAACCUCUCAAGUUCAUUAACAUUUUCUACUGCUUCUACGGUCUCCUUCAGUCCCCCGUUGGAAAACAAUGACUCUCUUUUCUGAAGGAUUACCGUUCAAAUGGGAAACCUUGAAAUGAAGCUCAGGAGGCCCUUUAGUGUUCAUGUUAAUGAUGCAACUCCAUAUGCAUGUGGAAAACACAUGAGGGAUUGAGGUGAUAGAUCGAGCAGAUAUUUGCAUGUUUCAUUAAUCUUGUGGUGUGUGUCUUUGGGUGGGCUCUGUGUGCGUGCCAGAAUGUUUCCACUGUGUCAGGCAAGGCCGAGAUAGAUCUCUGUGGAUGUGUUGAACGGAGAUGAUCCACGUAACCACGACAUUUGAAAUAACACUGAAGAACGAAGGAGUCCAACUCAAAGGAGGAGAUCCAAGAUUUAGGUGGCCCCAGUAGAGUGCUGUGGCCCCUACGUAGUCAAACAUGUGUGUUUAUGUGUCUGUGACCCUAUAUUAUUUAGAGUAUUAUGAAAGUGUGUGUGGUACGUGUUGAGGCCUGAAUAGUCUCAAAGCCUUUUUAAAUGUAUACAGUAUCUGUCCCCAAUUGAAAAAGGAUGUGUGUGGUGUUGUUCCAUUGUAAACCACACAGCCAGGCAAUCAGGGCUGAUGGAUAGGCCUACCCUUGAGAGGAGGCCUGUUAAUGCAGAGGCCUUCUCUCCCCAGUGUGUCUGCUAGCCGGGGGAUUACACUGCUCAGUUAUCUCCUUACUCAUCCUUUUAUCCCACAUGCACGCACGCACACACACACACACACACACACACACAGAAGGCACUGCACGCUUCAUGAUGAAUGGUGGGAUGUAUGUGGGUCUUUCUAUAAAUAAAGGGGCUAAUGAGUGA